AUGUCUACAGAAAACACAAACCAAUCGAUCCUCAUCCUCGGAGGCGGCUGUUUCGGGUUGGCCACAGCAUUUGAACUGGCUCAAAAGGGCUACAAGAACAUCACAAUUCUCGAGAAAGAUGUCGACGUGCCGAGUCGCUUCUCCGCGGCUUAUGAUCUGAACAAGGUCAUCCGUGCCGAGUACGCCGAUGACUUUUACACCCAACUAGCUCUUGACGCGAUUCGAAAAUGGCAGUCUGAUCCGCUGUACGCUCCUCAUUACCAUCAAACCGGCUUUCUCAACGUCACUUCCGGCAAGGCCGCACAGAAUACCAAAGGAGCAGUGGAGAGCUACUUCCAAUCACUCCAGAAGAAUCCAGCAUUCAAUGGCCAAACCACCCGUGUGAAUAGCAGCAAGGAGAUCAAGAAGCUCGUCCCCAAGUUCAGCGGCCCGCUUACUGGCUUUACUGGAUAUCACAACAAACUCGCUGGUUACGGCCACUCCGCUAACGCCUUGAGAGCUGUGUAUGAGCAGUGCGUCAAGCUUGGUGUGAAGUUUCAUCUCGGAACCAAGGAUGGUGAAGUUGAGUCGCUAUUGUAUGCUUCAAGUCGAGAGGGGACGAAGUGCAUCGGUGCCAGAACGCGCGGGGGUACAAUCCACUCAGCGGACAAGACUAUCGUGGCUCUGGGUGCUGAUGCCGCCAACAUUCUUCCCCGUAUUGGAAAGCAAAUGACAGGUCGUGCAUGGGGUGUCGCGCACAUCCAGCUCACAGACCAAGAAGCCGCCGAACUCAAGGGCAUCCCCGUCACCAACGUCCGCGACCUUGCCUUCUUCUUCGAACCCGAUCUCAAAACCAAGAAGCUCAAAUUCUGCCACAUGGGCGGUGCUUUCACAAACUACUCCUUCUCCAAAGACGGUCUCUCUAUUCCCUUCCCCGAACUAGCAGAUUCACAAUUCAUGCCUCUCGAGGACGAAACGCACAUCCGCCUUCUUCUCAAAGAAGUCUUUCCCCAACUCGCAGACCGUCCUUUGAUUGACCAGCAUCUGUGCUGGUUCGCUGACACAGAUGAUUCGGAUUUCAUCAUUGACUACGUUCCCGGUACUAAUGCGACUUUGGCGGUGUUAAGUGGCGAUAGUGGCCAUGGGUUCAAGAUGUUGCCGAUUUUCGGAAAGUUUGUGCAUAAGUUGCUUGUGGAGGAGAAGCAGAGUCAGUCGAAGUGGCAGUGGAAGGAUAGUAAGCCCAAGGCGGCGGCCGUUUGGAGGAGUAGUGAGAGUCAGGAGCUUGCUGCCGUUCCGCGAGCGAAGUUUUUGCAUAUCGCAUGUCGAAUGCUGGCCAAUGAGGUUUGUCGCACCCCAAUUGACCCCAGCAUCAAGGAUGUCGCCGAACCCAUCAAAGACACUCUCAAAAUCCCCGACCCAGCCAAACAGCGUCUGGAGAAAUCGGGUAUAGACCUCUCCAAAGGCUAUCCCUAUCGUCCUUCUCGCCCCUUGUAUCUUGAUGAUGUCUACAAGAUUCGAGACAAGCCUCGCGAUCACAUCGAUGCAGGCGCUCGAGCUGACAAGUCUAAGAAGAGCCUUUUGUCCGCUGCGACUAAAGUCACUGAUCUGACUGCAUACAUCGGAACUGAGAUUGAGGGUCUUCAGUUGAAGGAUCUCACUAAUCAGCAGCGAGAUGAACUGGCUUUGCUUAUUGCGGAGCGAAGUGUUGUGUUUUUCAGAGAUCAGGACCUUUCGCCGCAGCAGCAGAAGGAGCUUGGAGAAUGGUACGGUGAAGUUGAAGUUCAUGUUCUGACGCAGCCACAGCCCCAAGUCCCUCACGUCCCUGGCGUUCCAGGUGUAAGCGUCCUCUGGCCCGAUCUCAUGGCCACAGAGCGCCCAGCCAGUUUCCGUCAACCUGGUGGUGCAUCUCGCUGGCACACAGAUCUAGUGCACGAGAAGCAGCCAGCAGGCAUCACGCAUCUUCACAACGAUACUAUCCCAUCUGUCGGCGGAGAUACUCUGUGGGCUUCAGGCUACGCUGCAUACGAGAAGCUGUCCCCAGAGUUCCGUAAGAUCAUUGAUGGCCGGGAAGCUGUUUACCGCUCUGCUCAUCCCUACCUGGACCGUGAUCACCCCGAACAAGGUCCAAAGUAUAUUGAGCGUGUUCAUCCCAUCGUUCGCGUUCAUCCUGCUACAGGCUGGAAAGCUCUUUGGGUGAACCGCGCAAUGACGGAUCGAAUUGUCGGUCUUGAUAGAGCGGAGAGCGAUGUCAUUCUCAAUUACCUGUAUGAUGUCUAUGAGCAAAAUGUCGAUAUCCAAGUGCGCUUCAAGUGGACACCAAGAACUUCAGCGCUUUGGGACAAUCGCUGGGAUUAUAGCGGACGCGAGCCGCGACACGGUACGCGUGUGACUUCUUUGGCGGAGAAGCCGUACUUUGAUGCAUCGGCGCCAACUCGUCGUGAGGCCUUGGGACUGUUGGGAGAUACUCCGCGCUACCUCCGUAAGCACUACCUUUCCAGGAGGAAUCGGACUCCGGCUGUGAAUUUUGCGUGUGAUGCGGGGUAUAAAUACCUUCAAGUUAGCAACAUGACUACCGACAUGAAAGAACCCGUUCUCGAUACUGAGCUUGGUGUACUCAACAGUACCCGAGCAGAUCCAUACCUCGUCGCCUUCAAUGAACUCGACAGCGAUAACCCCAAGAACUGGCCAGAAAAACGAAAAUGGGCUGUAACAAACGUCAUCUCCAUAACAGGCUUCAACCGCAUUCUCGUUUCAACAGUAAUGGCACCCGCGCUCUCCGUCAUCGCCAAAGACCUCGACAUGACAGCUACCCAAUCCGUCAUGGCCCUGAGUAUCUACCUUUUAGCAACUGCCUUUGGUCCUCUUGUCAUUGGACCCUUGUCUGAGGUUUAUGGGCGGAGGACCAUUCUUCAUGUUUCUAAUAUUUGGUUCCUUGUCUGGAAUCUCGCAUGCGGAUUUGCAAAUAGUAAGGAGAUGCUUAUCGGUACUCGCUUCCUCGCUGGCUUUGGCGCAAGUGCUGUUUAUGCACUUGGAGGUGGGGUUUUAGGUGAUAUCUGGCGUCCUGACCAACGUGGCAAGUCUCUUGGAUGGUACUCUGUCAUUCCUCUCAUCGGCGCCGCAACCGGCCCAAUUAUUGGCGGUUUCAUGACUGAUAGAAUUUCAUGGCGAUGGAUGUUCUGGUCGACGUCAAUGUUCCAAGUCGCCAUGGCUGCUAUCUCUUUCACCACGUUCCGCGAGACAUAUGCCCCUGCAAUUCUCAAAAAGCGGGCUAAGAAAUUGCGUAAAGAGACGGGUCAGCCAUAUUACACCUACGCAGAACGCACACAAGAGGGACAUACUUUGAGAAAGGCCCUAACUCAAGCUAUGACCCGUCCCCUUCGUCUUCUAGCAUUCCACCCCAUCAUCCAAGUGGCGGCUGUUAUCUCCGCUAUCGGCUAUGGUCUUUUGUAUAUCGUGCUCUCAAGCUUCGCAGAGGUUUGGGCACAGCAUUACGGACAAUCUGUUGAGAUAAGUGGUUUGCACUACAUCUCUUGUGCCUUGGGUGAACUAGCAGGAUCACAACUCGGUGCUCCGUUGAUGGACUACUGGUUUCGCAGAACCGAGCGUCGCAAUGGCCAGCAUUUACCAGAAAACAGAGUACCACUGAUGGCAAUGGGCGCAUUCAUCGCGCCAAUUGGCUUCAUCGUCUAUGGCUGGUGCGCUGAGUUCAGAGCUCACUGGGCAUGGGUCGAUGUAGCCAUGUUCAUCACCAUGUUCGGCAUGCAGAUCUCUGGUAUGCCGUUACAAGCGUACUUGAUCGAUGCUUAUCCGGAUCAUACUUCAAGUGCUAUCGCGGCGCAGCAGUUUCCUCGCAGUUUAGCUGCUUUCUUGUUCCCGCUGUUUACGCCAAAGAUGUAUGCUGCGCUUGGGUAUGGAUGGGGAAACAGUGCGAUGGCGUUUGCGGAGUUGGCGCUUGAGUUGGCUGCACCGUUAUUGUUGUGGAAGGUUGGCGCUAGCCUGAGAGCAAGGGCGACGUCGAGCCUGUAG